AUGGCCCUCAACAAAGUCCACCCUCACAUACCCAACCUAGUGAUCCAGCAAAUUAUUCGACUACUUCCCACUAAAGCUGCUGUUCGCAUGAGCUUUCUUUCCAGACAAUGGGAAGAGGUAUUGUCUUCAGUUCCCAUAUUAGAUUUCAACGAAUGUGGUGAGCAGCCUCAUAACUCUGAUCGCAACGAUUUUCAACAACAACAUAGGAAGUUUAUCAACAAUAUCCUGAAAAGGUACUUGGAACGCUGUGACAAAAACCAGCACAAACAGCUCUUGGAGAAAUUCAGGCUUCACAUGAUGUAUUUAUCCGAAGACACUGCCAUUGUAGAUAGGUUGUUAAGUUUUUCCUUUGAGAGAGGCGUCAAAGAGUUGGAGAUCAGCCUUAGAGUUAGUAAAUCACAUUGGGCUCGGGGUGGGGUUAAUAGCUACUAUUGCUUCUGCUUAUCUCCUUCAACACUUGCUAAUGCAAAAUCUAUAACUACCCUAAAGUUGGAGUACAUGAGAAUAAAAGAGGUCGACCUUCAAUGUGAUAUGAACCUGCCUAAAUCUACAACCCUUCUCCCCUCUUUGAAAACCAUGCAUGUGCCUCAAGAACGUGCACUUCAACUUUCUCUACUACUUGAUUCGAGAGUGCCCUUCCAUCGAGCAUUUGUCAUUGAUCGAUCUCAUGUUCUUUUGACAAACCUGUAG